AUGCUGGAGAAUGGCUCGCUGAGGAACUGCUGCGAGCUGGGCGGGCGAGGGGGCUUCGGCUUGGCCGGGCGGGAGGCGGCGGCCCGGCGGCCGGCCUGGGUCGUCCCGGCGCUGUCCAGCGUGCUGAUCUUCACCACCGUGGUGGACAUCGUGGGCAACCUGCUGGUCGUCAUCUCGGUCUUCAAGAACCGCAAGCUCCGGAACUCAGGUAAUGCAUUUGUGGUUAGCCUGGCUUUGGCAGACCUGGUGGUGGCCUUGUAUCCAUAUCCACUGGUGCUCUUAGCCAUUUUCCACAAUGGAUGGUCCUUGGGUGAAAUGCACUGUAAACUGAGUGGCUUUGUGAUGGGACUAAGCGUAAUAGGCUCCAUCUUCAACAUUGCUGCAAUUGCAAUAAACAGAUACUGUUACAUAUGCCAUAGCUUUGCUUAUGACAAAGUGUAUACCUGGUGGAACACAAUGCUAUACGUCUGCCUAAUUUGGGUGUUAACAGUUGUUGCAACAGUGCCAAAUUUUUUCGUUGGCUCUUUAGAGUAUGAUCCGCGCAUCUAUUCAUGCACAUUUGUUCAGACUGCUAGCUCCUAUUACACCAUCGCUGUUGUCAUAAUUCAUUUCAUAGUACCUAUCACUAUUGUGAGCUUCUGCUACUUUCGGAUUUGGAUCUUAGUGAUUCAAGUAAGAAGAAGAGUCAAAUCAGAAAUAAAACCAAGACUGAAGCCGAGUGACUUCAGAAACUUUCUCACAAUGUUCGUGGUUUUUGUGAUCUUUGCCUUUUGUUGGGCACCACUGAACUUCAUUGGACUAGCUGUAGCUAUCAAUCCUUUGGAAAUGGCACCAAAAAUUCCUGAGUGGUUGUUCGUCGUAAGCUAUUUCAUGGCCUACUUCAACAGUUGCCUUAACGCAAUAAUAUACGGACUUCUUAACCAGAAUUUUCGAAAAGAAUAUAAACGAAUCCUAAUGUCACUGUGGAUGCCAAGGCUUUUAUUUCAGGAAACAUCCAAAGGGGGGACUGAAGGUCAGAAGAGCAAGCCUUCUCCUGCUUUAAACAACAAUGACCAAAUCAAAACUGAUACCUUGUAA